AUGGGGAGCGUCGAGGAGGCUUUUUCGAGUCUAAAGACGGAGUUUUCUUUGUGGCUGGAUCGGCUGCAAGCAGGGGGCAGCAGCAGCAGCGCUGCGCAGCAGCAAGACCCUGUGUUUGAUGGCAUGAUUCAGGACAUGCUGCAAUAUGAUGCGACAUUGCAGGCGGUGGAGCGCGGCGUUCGGGUGUAUCUACAAGGUGUUGAGAGCAUGUGCUGCGGUUUAGAGCGGUUAAGCGAAGCAGCAGUGCUGGGUCUAUCAAAGAAAAGCGACAGCUACAUUCUUCGAGAUGUAUGCUGCUAUAGAGAGGCUGUACAUCUUAUUGUACGUUCAGAUGCGCCUCAUGCUAUUCUCUCCCGUCUUAAACGAGAUUUAUCUUUUAAUGUUUUAGAACCCCUUCGCAGACACCGCGAGCACAACGAAAAACUCAGGAGACAGCUGCAGCACAGACGCAAACGGCUGGCAGAGCUGGUGCUAGCAAAGCGCCACCUUGAACACCUUCAGCAGCAGCAGCAGCAGCAACAGCAACAGCAACAGCAACAGCAAGACCCGCAGCAACAGCAACAGCAGCAACAGAGGCAGCAACAAGAGGAAGAGGGCGAUGACGCGGCGCCAGAGGAGGAGCAUCACGAACUGCUUCGAGGCAGCAGCAGCAGCAGCAACAGCAGCAGCAACAACAACAGCAGCAGCCCCAAGAGUUCUGGUGUUUCUCUCACUCGGGUGUUGCAGCAGCGUACGCGUUUGUCUUCUUCUUUUUCUGCUUCGGGUGCGGCGGCGGCGGCAGCAGCAGCAGCAGCAACAGCAGCAGCAGCAGCAGCAACAACAGCAGCCUACGAGAAUUUCCGUGCAGUAGAUGAUGAAUUGUUUGAGUGGCUGCAGAUAUUAGAGUGUUAUAAAUGUGAUAUCUACGACUCUCUUCUUCAAACCCUAAAAUAUCUGCAGUACGAUUUCUUUGCUGGUGCAGCGCAUGCAGUUGCUGCGGUGCUGCCGCGGCGAAUGGAGUUCCGCCCUAUGAUUGAAAUGACGCCUCAGCAACUCAAACCCCUGGUGGAGUUGGAGUUAGGGUCUCGCGAGGAGGAGCCCUUUGACCCGUUCUCUUUUUCUUUUGGCUGCGGCACGACGGAGCGGCUGCUGCACAAGUGGGAACGAGAAGCAGAAGAUGCUGCUGCUGCAGCAGAAGCAGAAGCUGCAGCAGCGGCCGACAAAGCGGCGACGGGCGCAGCAACAGGAGGAGCAGCAGGAGUAGCAGCAGCAGGAACUGCAGCAGCAGAUGGUGCUGCUUUAGAUAUAUUAUCUUUAGCUGUUUUAGUUAAUAAAGGGUUUGGUGAAGCAGAAAGUAAAUUCGCUCUGCUUAAAUUCAAUGGAGACACCCAGGCGGCUCUUGACUGGCUGCUGGAUGGAGGCGCGGAUCUCGUGCUGCAGCUGCAGCAGCAGCAGCAGCAGCAGCAGCAGCAGCAGCAGCAACAGCAGCAGCAACAGCAGCAGCAGCAACAGCAACAGCAACAGCAAAAGGGAAGUGGAGGGGGGGCCACCGGCGGCAGUACAUCUGCAGCAGCAACUGCAGCCAAAACAGCAGCAGCAGCAGCAGCAGCAGCAACAGCACUGGCAGCAAGUACUGAGCUUGAUAGCGUGCGACUACCGACAACUUUGAGGUGGGUGCAGCGUCUGAAAGAAGCGAGGAAAAAAGAAAUGCUUUCAUGGAAGCAACGGAGAGCAGAAAGAGACGCACAAACGGCUGCUGCUGCGAACAGCAGCAGUAACAGCAGCAGCAACAGCAGCAGCAGCAGCAGCAGCAACAGCAGCAGCAGUAGUACUGACAGCCGCAAGGAGUCCCCCAAAGGCAUUAGCGGAAGCCCUGAGGGUGGUGAUGCUGCAGACAGUGUACAUAGAAAGAGCGAGGAAGAAGAAGAAAAGGAAGCAAAAGAGAAAUCCAGCUGCAGCAACAGCUGCAGCUGCAGCAACAACAGCAACAGCAGCCGCAGCAGUAACAACAGCAACAGCAGCCGCAGCAGCGAAGCAUGCACUCCUCUGGAGUCGGGUGUACAAGAGCCGUCUUCAGGAGGAGAAGGGGGGGGCCCUUCAGAGGCUUCUUCUUCUUGUGCUGCAGAGACAUCAGAUCUGCUUGAAAUGAAUGCAGAUGCUCCUGCUGCUGCGUCUGCUGCUGCUGUUUCUGCUGCUGCUGCUGCUGCAGCAAACAGCUCCGCUGCUGGUGCCAGUGCGCCCGCAGAAGCGGCACAGUCUACCGCUGCUGCUGCUGAUGGUGCUGCUGCUGCUGCUGCUGUUGCUGCACCUGAUUUGUUGGACUUAGCAGACGUAGAAGAAGCAGCAACAAAGCCUCAAGGCAGCAUGCUGAAGGUGCUGCCGCUUCCGGGGCUGCUGGGGCCCUUCAACGCAGCAAACUGCGAAUGGAGUAGAGAGAAGGAAAACGAAAGACUUGUGCAAGAAGAGACGCGCGAGCUGAAAAGAAGGCUGCAGCAGGAACUGCAGCAGCAGCAGCAGGAGGAACUGCAGCAGCAGCAGCAGCAGCAGGCGGCCGCAGUAGCAGCAGACAGCAGCAGCAGCGAGGAAGGAGAUAGCGGGGAGUUGGAGAAGGCAGCAAAUGCACCACCAGAAGAGACGGAUGACAGCCCCAACGCGCAUGCAGAGACAACGAAAGAAGGAGGAGAUAAAGAAGACUCAGAAAAGCGGCUGUCGUUCACAAUGACUCUCUUCGAUGCUUAA